ACUGGGCAGUCCAUGUUGUGAACCUUGGAGCACCCUGAGGACUCAAACACACAAGAAUUCUGCUCAGAAAACAACGUUUGUCAACGGGCCAUGAAGUUGUCUGUAAUCCUUCUGUUUCUCCACCUGUGGGGGAAUGUGGAAAUGUCUUCAUCACAGAAUGCAUGUGCAACGCUCCCAGACGUUCCCAAUGGCCACAUUUCUGAAGAGACCAAAAAUACUGAGUACCAAGGAGGACAUGUGAUACAUUUCACCUGUGACCCUGGUUAUACUGCAUCAGGUCCAAUCAUCAAAUAUGUAUGCUCGAGUGAGGGCUGGCUGGCAGUCCAACAGGGAACAUGCUCCUCGACUGUAAACUGUGCGAGUCCACCACCUCUCGCAGAUGGAGACGUCAAGUACACGCUGAAAAGUGAGUACAGCCACGAUGAAAGGGUGGAGUACGUGUGUCAAUCGUACUACACCAUGGAGGGUGAGCCUUACAGAACAUGCAUCAAUGGUGAAUGGAUCGGACAGAUGAGAUGCCUCAAGCCCUGCACGGUGAAUGACGACGACAUGAGGCAACACAAUAUUGCAUUAAAAUAUGCAGAUCACCACAAGAUAUAUUCAGUCCAUAAUGAUUACAUCGAGUUCAGGUGUACCAAAGGACGACCUGUCGGCACAAUGCGUCAGAAGUGUGAUGAUGGUGUGAUCCUCCUGCCAUCAUGUGAGGGACGUCGCACUGUCUUGCAGUCGCUAUCAUGAGCAACCUAUUACAUGAUGUACUGUGGUGCCCGGUUACAUUAUGCACUGUUUUUUAGGCAUGACCAAGAGAGGACAAUGUUUUAAUUUGUUCUCUACCAUUAUGAAUAAAGUUUGAAUUUAAGUCUGAAA